CGGGUUCUCUUUUCGCAGAAAAAAGCGAAGAUUGAUUGUUUCUCUCUCCACAUUUCUUGCAAGUCCUCUCCUUCUCUUCUCUUCUCUUCUCUUCUCUUCUCUUCUCAGAUCAUCACCGCUUCAAUUUGACCUUUGCGUGAUUUCGCUUUGACUGAGUCCUUUCUUUAGUUUACCCUUCGUCUGAAAAUCCCGGUUGAUCUUCAGCCUAGAAUUUUCCGAAUUGAGCUAUGGGGAGGUUGUUUGUGGUUCAUCUCGAGGGGAAGGUCUAUAGCUGCAAACACUGCCGUACCCAUCUUGCUCUCUAUGAAGACAUCGUUUCCAAGUCUUUCCACAGCAGACAUGGGAAAGCUUAUCUCUUCAGUAAGGUCGUGAAUGUAACUGCUGGAGAAAACGAGGACAGACAGAUGCUCACUGGGAUGCAUACUGUGGCUGACAUUUUCUGUGUGGGGUGUGGAUCAAUUGUGGGUUGGAAAUACGAGACAGCUCAUGAAAAAAGCCAGAAGUACAAGGAAGGAAAAUCUGUACUUGAACGGUACAAGGUGUCAGGUCCUGAUAGCUGCAAUUAUUGGGUCGGCCAUGAAGCACAUGGUGGAAGUGAUGCAGAUGACGCUUAGUCAUCUGCCUUUGACAAUUGAAUUGUACAUUCUUUAAUCCCCUUCCCCUGUUGUUCAACGAAUGUGAAUUUUAUUCGGGCACUAUUGCAAAAUCUGCAUGUCCCAAAGACAAUUUAAAUACAUUUGAUUGUUAAUUCUGAUGUAAAAAAAAAACAACUAAUGUUAAAACUUCUAAGUUCGAAUCAA